CUUAGUUCUCGCCUCCGCCGCCAGAGGUCUCCACCCGCACCCCAUUCGGCCGGUCUGCGAGAGUAAACUUCAAAAUUUGUCCAUUUAGUAAUUUCCAAACAGUUUGGGAAUGGGGGGUCCCAAGAUAGAGUUCAAAGGGUCGCUGACGACCUCUGACCCGAGGAAGAACCCAGUGCUCAUCAUCGGCCAGCUUCGCCACCUGACUGCGCUCUCCUUCAGCGAUGUCGCGCCGAAGCUGCAGCCACGAGUCGACGAAGAGGCAUGGAACUUGUCGGUGAACAGCCUGCAGCCUUCCCCAACAGACUACUGUUCGCUCUACUUGAAUUUGGCAACGGUAGCAGCCCUUCCAAUUAAGUGCUCUCGCCACAACACCCCCUCACGUACCCACUCCAUUACCAAGAUUAUUAAAACUCAUUCUACUGGUGCUGAUGAAUGUAUUGUGCUUGUGUGUGAUCGUUCUGAUGUAUUUGCCAGUGCCUGUGGUGUCGCCAGAGCAUACCCUCUUUAUUCUAGGAAAACUGCUGCAUGUUCCUCAUCAGAUCACAAUGUGACUGUUGAGGUCAUACUAGUUGGAUCAGGAGAUGCUCCUUUGAGUGACGAUGACAUUAGGAUUUUGAAUGAGUCUGUGUACAGUGUGAGACUUGCAGCCAGGAUCGUUGAUACCCCAGCUAAUGAGAUGCAUACAGAUUCUUUCAUUGAGAUGGCUCAGAAUGUAGGUCAGUCCCUGGGCAUCAAGCCUGUGGUUAUCCAAGGAGAAGAUCUUGCCACAAAAGGCUUUGGUGGUAUAUAUGGUGUGGGAAAAGCAGCUGUUCAUGCUCCAGCCUUGGUGGUGCUGUCUCAUACACCUUCGGGAGCAACUGAGAAUGUGGCCUGGGUUGGCAAGGGAAUUGUCUAUGACACAGGUGGCCUUAGCAUCAAGACCAAGACCAGCAUGCCAGGCAUGAAGAGGGACUGUGGUGGAGCCGCAGCCAUUCUUGGAGCUUUUUACCUGGCUGUCCAAGCUGGGUACUCCCAGAACCUGCAUGCUAUCUUUUGUUUAGCUGAGAAUGCUGUUGGGCCAACUGCAACAAAGCCAGAUGAUAUUCACACACUUUACUCAGGAAGAACUGUAGAAAUAAAUAACACCGAUGCAGAGGGUCGGCUUGUCCUUAGUGAUGGUGUAGCAUAUGCAGCUAAAGAUUUGCGAUGCACAACCAUCUUGGACAUGGCUACGCUUACUGGUGCACAGGGUACUGCAACAGGGAAGUACCAUGCAGCAGCACUUACCAAUAACCAGGAAUGGGAAGAUGCUCUUGUUGCUGCCGGCCAGACCUCUGGAGAUUUGGUUCAUCCCUUGCCAUACUCACCGGAAUUACACUUCGCUGAGUUCGCAUCUGCUGUUGCCGACAUGAAGAAUUCAGUGGCAGACCGAACAAAUGCCACCUCAUCAUGCGCUGGUCUCUUCAUCGCUGCUCAUCUCGGAUUUGACUUUCCGGGCAUUUGGAUGCAUGUUGAUAUGGCCUAUCCAGUGCACUGUGGUGAGCGUGCCACGGGGUAUGGAGUAGCCUUACUGCCGGUGCUGUUUGGACACCACUCAAACAGCAGGAUUUUCCGCAGUUUAGCACCUCUGUCAUCCGAAAAUGGAGAAUGUGAAGUUAACUGUAAGGCCUCCAAGAAGAUGAGGCUAGCAUAAAGAAGACGGGUAGAGUUCAGAAUUGGUUGCUAGGGGUACUGAUAAUCCAGAAUUCAGUGCCGUUACUAAAAGUUCCCAUGUCUUGUAUCAUCGCUGCCAUAGUAUGAAUUUGUAAGCAAAGUUUUGUACUAUAAUGACUACAGCUUAACUGAUUUGAGAGAGAAGUGUGUGUAAGGUGUUUGGAUAUUGUAAAAUGAAUGUAAAGGCAGAUAUAAAUAGAAUUUUACUACAACAUUCAUUUACUCAUAAACAUGUAUCCAAGUUGCUUUUUUUUUUUUUUUUUUUUUUUCAUUUAUACGUAUGAGUUUGAUAAAACCAGUAAGAUUGGGCAUUUCUGUGUAGAAAGCUCAUGAAAUAUCUAGAAAUUCUUGAAAGUGUUUUAGUUUCAGUCACACUUGUUUUUCUCGCUAAUAGUAUCCAUUAUUACCCAGUGUAUGCCCAGUGGCUGCUAGAAUUUCUGAUGAUUUUGUCACAUGAAAAGUGGCACAUUGCAAUACUCUUUUACAUGAAAGACAUGAGUGUCUAUAAGUGCAUAUCUGCUGUCAGUUUUUAAACUGUUUACUGGUAUGAUUUGUCAGGUUUGGUAUUUCUGGGGUAUCUAAAACACAGAAAAGGCUGUAGUUAUAAAAGCUUUCUGUAUUGAUCAGUGAUAAUUUUGUUAAUCUAAUUGUUGAUGGUAUUUUUCUCAUAUAUUCCAGUUCAUUGUAUUAUAACCAGUGGAUAUUCCUAUUGUUAUUUAUCACUAUGAGUAUCUUUAUCACUUCUGUCAUUAAUAAGGUGAUUAUUAGAAUUACUAUUAUCAAUUUUAUUAUUAUUAUUAUUAUUGCUAUUAUAAUUGUUAUUAUUUCCUGAUAGACAGCAGACUUGUAAGUAGCUCUCCGUCCUUGGCAUGUUGUCAACAGUGCCAUACAAGCCUGACCAUUCUAAAGGGGAUUCAACAAUAUCACUACCACCAGUGUUGCUUUGUAAGACCCAACAGUGCAAAAGGUGUCACCAUGCAAGCUGUUUCUUGUUUUCAUUAGAACAGUUAAUUGUCACAGUCAUAAUAUUACCUCAAUAAAAGAUUGAUGCCCUCCGCUGUAUUUGAAUGUGCAAAAUUAGAUUCCGUAAUUGGAGCACUAAAUGUAUGAUUUCCUAAGAUUUUAUUUAGUUAGUUUUCCCAUAUAUAUGUUCCUUGAGAAGUUGGUACCAAAUCUUGUUGCUUUGUAUAUUUUCAUUGAGGGUUGAUUAUUAUUCCCAGAGUAAGCCAUUAAUAUAUCAAAUAUAAAUUUAUAUAUAUAUGUAAAUAUAUAUAUGUAUAUAUAUAUAUACACAGACACAUACACAAACACACACACACACACGCACAUACCUGUAGAUUCUGAUUCUUUGCUGUAAUUGUCAUUUGGUCAUUGAAGUCUUUUUCAAAUAGUAGCCUUCAGGAAUGUUAUAUUAAGUUUUAAACGCUUCAGUCUUGAGAAACAUAAGGAUGUGAUUUCAUUGAUGCAUUGUGUUUGUUCCAUGCACUGUAUACAAUACCUUAUUCUCAUGGAUAGUCAUGAAUGAAGUCUCAUUAUAAUUCAUCUUUCAUCCAUCUUGCAAUCAGAACAAGUCAAAAGAAAGAUAGAGUUUUGAGGGAAGUAAGAGAAGUACAUAUAUAUUGUAGUAUUUGUUCUGAACUCUCAUUUUCUCAUGGCAUCACAUCUUUAGGGUUUAUUACCAUUUUGCCAUUUUGCUGAUUAAAGGUACAAGUUGAAAAGCUGUUUAAAAUGAAAUGAUAAACUGUUUGAUUUUUAUCUUUAGGUAUUUUUCUGGAGUGGUUAUUAUAUAUGAAGUGCAGUAUUAUAAGAUUGUGUUUUUCAUGAUUUGUAGAUUUUAAAGGAAAAGAUGAGAAGUUUAAGCAGUUAAGAUAGUAUUGUGUAAAUGAUAUGAAUUGUAAUGUUUCUAUAAAGGGAUAUCAGAUGAUUUUCAAUGCUGAAAUAGUGAAAUAGAACAUAUCUUGAAUGUAUGGAUUUAAUUAUGAUUAUUAAUGAAUUCAUGAAGUAAUGACAGUAGGUAUAUUCCCAUUUGAUUGAAAAGCUGAUUAUCUACUUGGUACACAGUUGUGAGAAAGAAAAAAUGUCACGAAAUGCAACACUCACUGUUGGAGAAUUUUUUUUUGUUAAUUUUGAAUUGACUAGAUGGUUUUUGUUAUAUGUGUAUUUUUUUCUUUUCUUUUUUUUUCUAGAGAAUAUUUAACUUGGUGUAACAUUAUUAAUUUAUUUUCAACUUGUCAGUCCUAGUAUGGCUGCAUUUUGUAGAUUUUUGUCAUCAAAGAAUUAUAUUUUCACAAAUAGAAGAAGAAACUUGUUUGAUAACAAAGACUCAGGCAUUAUGUGAACUGCAUUGCAAGACAACCCUGUUUAGUAAUUUAGAUUUUAAUUGAGCUACAUAUUCAUCUUAGCAUUUAAACAAUGACUGUAACAAAGUAAAGAAGAGCUAAUAAAUGUAAUGAAAGUGAAAAAAA